CUCCAGGGCAGCACAGACAGAGCAUUAUGUGGCCGAGUACCAGCUGGUACCACGGGCUCUUCAUCCUCAGCUGGACUUCAUUCGCUGCUGCCUCUGGAAACAGGACAUGGAACUGAAAUCCAAGAAACAACCUGUGGAUGUUCUGCUCGGAUGCAUCGUUGCCUUCUGCUUUUCUACGCUUUGUUGGGCUCAGAGACUCUGCACAGUGCCUCCCGGCCCGGUGACAAUCCCUGAAAACAACACGGUCGACGUCCAAGUGGUAAAAAUCAUUCCUGUCAGCGAUGUGACUCUGAGCAUUUCAUCGAACCCAGAGGAUUUGUUUUACAUUAAAGGGAAUCUAUUGAUGGUGAAGAAAGGCCUGGAUUAUGAGACACUUUCCAGUAAAACUCUGGUGGUUUGGGUAACAUGCAGCAAGUCUGGCUCAACAUCUGUGAAAGAAUCUGUUGAGGUUCUGGUAGAAGAUGUGAAUGAUAAUCCUCCAAACUUUGCGCAAAACCACUACGUGUUGGACGUGAAUGAGCUCACUCCUGUGAACUCCAGCGUGGGACUGAUAGAAGCAACGGAUGUUGAUUCAGAGCCUCUAUAUUAUAGAUUAGAGUCUGCAACUGAGAAAUAUUUCCGUCUGGAGAACAUCAACACACCAAAGAUCCUGGUUAGAAGCAUCUUGGACUACGAUGUAGUGCAGAAGAUCUCUCUGGUGCUGCAUGUGCAGGACACGUUCAAUGGUUCGGCCUCCAACGAGCCGUUUUUUACCUCUGUGGCCAUGAUCACGGUGCAGGUGAAGGACGUAGACAACAGGCCCCCAUGGUUCCAGCCUUGUCUCAGGACAAAUUUGGGAAUCGCCAAACUUUGUGUGAGCGGCGGAUACAGAGGGAAAGUCAAUCUCACUGAGAAGGAGGAAGGCCCAUUAGUGCUGGAGCCUGGACCAGUUUUCGCUAGAGAUGGAGACAGGAACCGCAGUGAGCCAAUCAGCUACAGAAUCUUACGAGGAAAUGAAGGCAAUAUAUUUCAAAUUGAUGAAGACACAGGAAACAUUACAAUGGUGAAAGUUGCAGAUAUCGUUGGACCGAUCAUUCUGACAGUUCUGGCGUCACAGGUGACCAACAGGGAUCAGUUUGCAGUGACACAGGUGACCAUUGAUGUGAUGAAGAAGAGCAGGAACCCGCCCCGCUUUGAGAAAGAGCGAUAUGAAGGAUUUAUCUACAGCAACUCCGUCCCAGAAAGUAUGAUACUCCGAGAUCGGAGCAGCAACAGGCCCUUCAGGGUCCGAGCACGAGACGAAGAUUUUGCAAGUGGCGUGAACCCAGAUGUGAAGUAUGAGGUUCAGUACAGCAGCUACGUCAAUGUAACCCCUGAUGGCUUUGUGAUCCUGAAGAGAGUCGUAAAGACCGAAUCCUUCGCCCUUCAGCUCCGAGCUGUGGAUUCAACCACAGGAGAGUUUGGGUCUGCAGCACUUUCUGUUCAGGUCAUACCUGCUGUGGCCAUCCCCUCACCUUCAAGCAUCGGCUAUCGGCCAGGUGACAUGGCGCUGCUCGGCCUCAUCAUGGCAGCGCUCCUGGUUCUCUCCCUCAUCGUGAUUGGCUUCUUGGUUUCCCGCUUGGGGAAGGAAAACACAAGCCUCAGGAAAAUUUGUGAGUGCCUGGGGCCCUGUCUGCGGUCCGACCAGCCUCGGAGCGGCCACAGAGACUCCCUACAGUUCACCAACGAUGGCUUCCAGAAUGAGAGCGACCCAAGUCGAGGAGGAGGCGGAAAGCGGUGGAACAACAUCAUCCCCCGGCGCAGCACCUUCCCCCAGCCCAGGAGCCGCAUCCUCCCCCUGGAGAGACGGAGCCGCCUCUGCUCCACCUGUGGCAUCUACACCAACCACGUCACCAAGGGGAGCCCCUCAGCCAGGAGGAGCUGGGGGGACAGAGACGAGUACAGCAUGAGGUCCAUCAUGUCCAAGCAGCGCAGGAAGGAGGGCCAGAAGACAGUGUGGUUCAAGGAGAGCGAGGACUCCUCGGACAUUGAAGUCGAGAUUAUCCCAGACACUGUUGGUAGAGUGGAGGAGGAGACCGAGGAGGAACUGGAGGUGGAGAUGGAGGGGGUAGUCAGAGACCCUGCUGCCCCUCUGAGAGAACCAGAAGAUGAGCAGGAGAACCAGAGCAAUGAGCAGAACAAAGAGGCAGAACCUGGAGAUAUGAGCUGUGAGAAGACUGGGCAGGAGGAGGAGCGCUGACAGCUGAGGUCAGACCGAGCUGAACGUUGCUGGUUUUAUGACUGCAGAACAAAUACUCAUUCAGGAGAGGAUUCAGAAUCUGGGACAGCAUUCCCAGGAUCCAAAUGGGAAUCAGUAGAUGAGAAAAGUCUUCAUAUUGUGCUGGUCCUGAAGCAGAGUAACCGAUCAGGGCCGCAAACGCUCUGCCCUUUGAUGAGACCACUUCAUUUCAGAGUUCUGGGUAACACAGCUUCAUUCACUAAAAUAACUUUACACCCUUACAGGUGUGAGGCUGUUUUCAAAGCUGCACUUUAAUGUUGAGAGCAGGGGCGGAUCUAGAAAAAUAUUUAUGGGGUGGCAAGAGGGGGGCAGGACUUUUUUAGGGGUGGCAACAUAUGGCAUUUGUUUACACUGAAUUUAAUCACAGUUA